CUUCUCACUUCCCUCUGUGCCUUUGCUCUGACUGGCAGUUUUCCCCAGCUCCUUGCUUAGGCCGAUCCUUCCAUGUUGUCUUCAAGUCCUGCUUCCUGCACAUCUCCCAACCCGGAUGGGGAGAACACAAGUAAGAUGGUCCAUUGGGCUUCUGAGAGGAAGAGGAGGACAUCAUCAACGGACUCAGAGUCAAAGUCCCACUCAGACCCCUCCAAGGUGUCCAGGUCCCGGAGAUCCAGCCGGCUGACAGUGAAGUAUGACCUGGGGCAGCUCCAGCGCUGGCUGGAGAUGGAGCAGUGGGUGGAUGCUCAGAUUCAGGAGCUUUUCCAGGAUCAACAAGACCCUUCUGAGCCUGAGAUUGACCUGGAGGCUCUCAUGGAACUAUCCACAGAGGAGCAGAAGUCUCAGUUGGAGGUCAUUCUUGGAAACUGCCCCCGCCCCACAGAGCCCUUUAUCUCUGAGCUGCUCAAUCAACUCAAGAAACUCCGGAGACUCAGUCGGCCUCAGAAAUAAGCCUGGAGAGAAUAUCUUCAGCAGUCUCAGCAUGCCAAACCUGCCCUGAACCUCUGGAUCCUGGCUGACAGGGUAACAGUUCUUUGGGACACAGACAAGGAUCGUGGAGGACAAUAAGAGACAUUUGUACACCCCUAGUAUACAUGCAGUCACAGCUAGUUUCUGUCAGCGGGGCUCCCUGGGAGCCAGAAAUGGCUGUUGCCUAAGGCCUUCCUUGCAGCCAAGUGGAUAAUACCUUUAGGAGCCCCAGCU